AUGUCCGCCCCUCUUGAGAGAGUUGCUAUCGUCGGUGCCACCGGUCGCAUCGGAGGUGCCUUUGCUGAAGCACUGGUUAAGACGGGGAAGCACACGGUCACAGCCUUAACCCGCCCUGGUGGCAAAGGCAAGAUCCCAGACGGUGUCGACUCCGUUGAGGUGAACUACGACGACCAAGCAUCAAUCAUCGAACCUCUCAAAGGCCAGCAGUUCCUCAUCAUCACCCUCGCCGUGAGCGCUCCUGAUGAUCUUCAUGCCCGAAUUGCUGCCGCUGCAGGCAAGGCUGGAGUCCCCUACAUCAUGCCCAAUGUCUUUGGGUAUCCCAUCGACCCCAAAGAAGUGAAAGAUGAAGACCGGUACAGUCAGUUGAUCUUGAGCCGAAUUGGCGAUGUCGAGAAGACCAACUUCUCCUCCACAAUCAAGAUGUCUUGUGGGUUUUGGUACGAAUGGAGCUUGGCGCUGGGCAACCAGUGGUUCGGCUUUAGCAUCAAGGACCGUAAGAUCACCUUCUUUGACGAUGGCAAGCGAACUAUUACAGUCAGCACGUGGGACCAAUGUGGUCGGGCGUUGGCAGCGCUGUUGAGCCUCCCCGAAUCUGAUGGGCCCACCUCUGUUGCUAGCUUCAAAAACAAGGAUGUUCUCAUCAAAAGCUUCCGUGUUUCCCAGCGCGACAUGCUCGAUAGCCUCCAUCGAGUACUGGGUACGACAGAUGCGGAUUGGAAAAUUGAAUAUGAGCCUACUGCAAAGCGCAUGCAGGAUGGGGCCGAGGAAAUGAAGAAUGGCGUUUUUACUGGUUUCCCUAAGAUGCUUUAUGGUGGCGUAUUCUUGACUAGCAGCCAGUUCAGUGAUUACGCAGCUACCAUGCCUUUGGCGAAUGAAGUGCUAGGCUUACCCACGGAGGAUUUGGAUGAGGCGACGAAGAGGACGGUCGAUAUGGUCGAGAGUGGCUGGAGACCCUUUCCUCAACUUUAA